AUGUCCAGAAAUUAUGAUCUUUAUCAGUACAAAGGCUGUAACUUUAUCACCAGUAUUCACCACAUAGAAAAACUGGAAGAAAUGUAUCAUUGUGAAAUGAGGGACAGUGAUGUGGUUGCAAUCACAUAUCCAAAAUCUGGAACUGUGUGGAUGCAACAAAUUUUGAAUUUAAUUUAUUCUGAUGGUGAUGCAGCUGCUGUACAAAGCAAAUCAACAAUGGAACAUGUUCCCUGGAUGGAAAUACCGCCCUCAAAUUUUCAGACACGGCCUUCACCUCGUUUGUGUGUCUCACAUUUGCCUCAGCAUCUUGUUCCAGCUGGUUUGAAAAAGAAAAAUGGAAAAGUUAUUUAUGUAAUGCGAAAUCCGAAGGACGUUGUUGUGUCUUUAUAUCACUUUCAAAAUUAUAUCACAGUAUUGAGUACACCAUCAAGUUUUGAAGAUUUUCUGGAGAAAUUCCUGGAAGGAAAAGUGAUAUUCAGCUCUUGGUUUGACCAUAUCCAUGACUGGUACACCCACAGAGAUGAAUUCAACAUCCUAUUUAUAAGUUAUGAGGAAUUGAAGCAGGAUUUAAGAACAUCAGUACAAAAACUAUGUGACUUUCUUGGGAAAAAGUUGGAUGAUGAAAAACUUGACACCGUUGUGAAACAAAGCACCUUCAAAAAUAUGAAGAUGAAUCCAUUGGCGAACUAUGAAAAUGUUGAAAACAAAAACCUAAGUGGGGCCUUUCUUAGAAAAGGCAUAAUUGGAGACUGGAAAAAUCUUUUCACUGUGGCUCAAUCAGAAAAGUUUGACCAAGUGUUCCAAGAAAGAAUGCAGGACAUUCCUUUGAAAUUCAUUUGGGAUUGCAAAUAA